AUGGGAAAUUGUUAGCAGUGUAAUGAUUCUGCCCCAAAUAAGACCCAAGAGAUAUUGACUGUAAGAACAACAAAGAGUAAGCAACAAAUUGAAAAGAAGAUAGACAAAUAAGAAUAUAAUGGAUUGAUUAAAAUACAAGCGCAUUUCAGAGGCUAUUUAAUUAGAAAAAAAUUUCACUCUAAAUUAUCUAGAUCAACUGCUCAGAAACAAAGUUCUUCAAUUUUAGAUUAAAAGAGUUCUCACAAUGGUUUGAUUAUAGAGAAAACUUCAUAAAUUAAAAAGAAUACUAUUUAAAUUCAAUAAUCCUAGAAAAGAUUGCCUCAAAAAUAGGAUGAGUAGCAAGAAAGCAAUGUAAAAUAGUUUUGCAUUGCAGAUAUUACUUUACACAUAAAUAAGGACAUUAAGGAUGAUGCUAGUUCCUUUUCAGAUAUCAGCAGGCCUCCAAGCACUCCUAUAGCUAUCUCUGCAGAAAUGAAUGGGCUAUGCUACAUACCGUUACAAAAAUAAGACUAAUUAUUAGUCUCAACCAAGUAAUAGCAGAAAUUCCCUUGUAUCUAACUCUAAAAUGGUUGCUUUUAUGAAGGUUAAUGGAAGAAUGGAAUGAUGCAUGGUUUUGGUAAGUAUAUUUUAUCUGAAAAUUCAUUCUACAUAGGAGAAUUGUUUGAAAAUAAACCAUAUGGUUAAGGCACAUUUUAACAUUCAAAUGGAGAUUUGUUUUUAGGUACUUGGGUUGAUGGGCAAGUUUAAGGCAAAGGAAAGUAUACAUUCUCUAAUGGCACAUAUUAUGAUGGUGAAUGGUAAAAUGACCUACCUAAUGGGCAUGGAGUAUAAACGUAUUCUGGUGGAUGGACAUAUGAGGGAAGUUUUAUAGAUGGAUUUAAAAGUGGGUUGGGCAAAUUGGUAUAUCCCGAUGGAUCUAUAUAUCAAGGCAGAUUUGAAAAUGAUUUGAUUUCAGGAUUUGGAACUUUAAUCUUCUUUGAUGGAAGAAUAUACACUGGAGAAUGGAAAAAUGGUAUCAAAAAUGGUAAAGGAGUCUUCGAAUGGCCAGAUGGAAGAAAAUAUGAUGGCCAAUAUAUAAAUGAUUUGAGAGAAGGAUAUGGUGUUUUAAUUUGGCCUAAUAAUUAAAAGUAUUUGGGAUGUUGGAAAGCAGGACUUUAACAUGGAAAUGGAUAAAUCAUUAAAUGCAAUGGAAAUACUUUUAAAGGUUAAUGGAUUAAUGGAAAAAUUGCUAACAAAAAAUUAGGGGCCAAUACUCCAGCGAAAGUAGUUAAGCUCAGUAAAGAUUGA